AUGGCUCAAAAAAUUAAUAUCAAUCGAGGUUUGGGGCUCGGAAUGGCCCAGCUUGGCGCAUUCGCUAGAAUGGGAAUGAUAAUGAAUAUGAAUGAGAUGAAAGAUGAGAAUGCGAUAGAGCAAGACAUCAUAAUGGAAAUCUCGGAAAAAGCUUCUCGUGCUUCCGACUCGUCCCAAUUCGUCGUCACUCGCAAGAACACGAUGGCGUUCGAACCCGACAUCGAUUUCGACAUGAUUGAUAGUCGAAAGAAAUUCCAAGGCGAAUCUCGCUAUUUGCAUGGUUUCAGCUUCGACGACACUUAUGAUGAUGUAUCAUUGAUUUAA